AUGCAAAACGAAGAAGAAGUCUCUCUUGAGAAACAUGCCAUAAAGCUAGUAGAUGGUGCGGUGCCCGUUAAGGACAAACAUUACUCGCUACCACACGCAGUACAGGAAAUUGUGUACAAGGAAAUUGAUAAUAUGCUCGCCCUCAAGGUGAUUGAGGAAAGUAAUGGACCGUCGAGUAAUAGAACCUCAGUAGUAAGGAAACCAGGGAAGAACAGAUUCUCCCUUGAUGCUCGAAAAGUGAAUGCUCUAACGAUGAAGGAUGCCUACUCCUUACGGAACAUAGAUCUGAUUUUAAGUAGAAUAGAUCAGACUUUCAUCAUCAGUAGUGUCGACCUGAAAUACGCCUUUUGGCAAAUUGAACUGGAGGUCGAUGCAAAACUAUACAGCCUUCACAGUUCCAGGUCGACCUCUAUACCAGUUCCGGGUAAUGCCGUUUGGGUUGUGCAACGCUGCCCAUCGGCUUUGCAGGCUGAUGGACAAGCUAAAUUCCUGUCAAAGGAAUUAGUCGGUGACCGAAAACGAGUGUCUGACGGCCGUAUUUGCAUUGAAGAGAUUCCGACCCUUCGUGGAGAUGAACCACGCUAA